UGUCUUUCAUGGUUACCUUUUUUGUGUUGCUCUCUUCUCUCUCUCUCUAAACCUCCUCUCUCUCUAAUGGGAGGGACGUUAAGUCCCAAGCGGCCAAGCUAAUCCAUCUGCUCCAACAAUUCUGACUCCGUUAUCUUCCCCUUGUGCAGCAGUAGGGGGUUUCCACGGCAACUUUAUAGGUGCUUUGGUUGACAUUCAAUUAUGUCAUAUCCCUCCAUCAAGAUGUCUGUGGAAAACCAGGGUUUCUUGGAAUGGAAAGAGGUGUUUGUUUCACAGGAAAAGGGUAAUAGACUAGUUCACUAUUACUUGAAAGAUUCUGCUGGAGAUUCCGUUCUUGCAGUUAUAGGUACAGAAAGAAGUGUAAGACACAUGGUGUAUGUUGCCGAGGAUGAUUUCUUAAAGGUUUAUGGUGCUGACUUGUCCAUUACUGAUGGCUUUAAAUGGAGAUCCAGAAGAGAAGUUGUUGAUUGGCUCACUUCGUUGCUCUCGAAGCCUCCUCGAGACCGUAUAAACUCCCCUACGCAUGAUUCUGCACAAGCUUUAGGAUCUUCUAGUUUGCCAAAGGAGGUAGCACAUGCACUUGGGAGCCAUGUACCUGAUGAUGCGGGUCAUUUCUCAAGAGAGCUUAAAGGGCUUAACUCAGACAUUGUAUGGUCAGGUGAUUCCUGGACAUGUGGCAAACAACUCAAGCAUUACCCUACAUUUUGCAGAAGUGGAACAGUUAUAGCCAUUCAUGCAUUUGUUCUUAUCAUGGCAAAAGAAGAAACUCAUUAUGUGGCAUAUAUAGAGGAUAUGUAUGAAGACAGGAAAGGGCAGAAGAAGGUAAAAGUAAGGUGGUUUCAUCACAGUAAAGAAGUCGAGGCUGUGAUUCGCGUAUCCAAACCUCACCUAAGGGAAGUUUUUAUUACUCCUAAUUCACAGGUAAUCAGUGCUGAAUGUGUUGAUGGUCGAGCCACAAUUUUAACUCCAGAUCAUUACGAUAAAUUCUUAACGAUUCUUCCACAUGCGUCUUUAGAAAGAGUCUAUUUAUGCUCUAGGCAGUUUAAAAGCAACAAAAUCAAGUCCUUUGAUCCAACUAAAUUAAAGGGAUAUUUUGAGCAAGCAAUCCUGUCUUGUUUAGAAGAAGAGGAAGAAUUCGUCAAAGGGAAAAGAAUUAAGAUGGGAUCAAAGAGGAUUAGAAGUUCCAGAGGACAACAAAGAGUUUUGACAAACUCACCUGGUGGCAAAGUUUCAGGCCAAAGAAGUGAACCGACAUCCUCCGGAGGGGCAAUUCAGAACUUGAAACCAGGUUUAUCAUCUAACAGUAGGCUGCUGAUAGCCAAAUCUGUUGGGGGACCACGCUCAAUCCUUUUGCCCUUCAAAAUUGGUGAAAAGAUUGAACUGUUGUCUAAUGAUAGUGGCAUAAGGGGCUGCUGGUUCAGGGGUACGAUCGUGCAGGCAUCACAUCAGAAGCAGGUGAAGGUUCAAUAUGAUGAUCUGGAGGACGAGGAUGAACCAGGAAAUGUUUGUGAAUGGGUCCCUGCCUUCAGACUAGCACCUCCUGAUAAAUUGGGAAUGAGAUGCUUAGAGCGACCGAGGAUGCGACCGCGGCCUCCCCAGGAUCUCUUGGAUAUUGUUUUUGAAAUUGGUGCUCCAGUGGAUGCAUGGUGUGGCGAUGGCUGGUGGGAAGGAGCAUUAGUUGAAACUGAAAAUGCUGCAGAUGGUGAUGUAAAAGUUUAUUUCCCUGGUGAAAACAGGUUCAUGAAAAUAGAAAGGAAAAACCUUAGGCGAUCUAGGGAUUGGGACGGUACCAAGUGGAGAGACAUCGGUCCGAAUGCAGAUAUACACUGUGCUGUUGCAGCAGCUCUUCGAGAUGGCACAAAGAUCCCUGCAUGCUCGAUUGUAGCUAAGGGAGUCGAGUCUGGUGGCACUGCGAUGUCGGACUGUGAAUUGCCCAGUGCUUCUAAACUUGAUGAAGUCAAAGAGAAUAAGCAGGAGUUGGAUGUUUCAGCUGGAUCCAGUGUCAUUCCUGGAAAUAUGACUGGGGCAAUCCCAAAUAAGCUGGUGCAGUCUAACGAGAAAGGUAAGAAAAGUGAUGGCGACAAUGAAAAAAGUGAAAUGGAGGUUGAUGAAGAGAAGGACAUAGUGGAUAUGAAGGUAGAAGAUGCUAUGGACAUUGAUAACGGAGGCCAUGGCGAGGGUUGUAAUGGUAGAAAGGAAGAAAAUAAUAUUACAUGUGAUUGUCUGAAUGAUAAGGUGGAUAUGAAAGUAGAUAUUGUUGAGACGGCAAGCCAAAAAUGUGACGUUGUAGAUUUGGAUGGAGAUGAUGCUUGAACAGAUAAGUAAAUUAUAGUACUUGUAGAUAGGAUACAUAGAUGUUGCCAGUGUUAAUGGGAUAAGUUCAUUUUGUUGUCUUAUAAGAAGACUUGGAGAGGGCUGUAUAUAAAUUAUAGAGAAUCUUUUGUAGGCUAUGAAAUUAAUGGGAUAGUUCAUAGUUAGACUAGAAAGACGGGCUCGGUGAUUGUGCUUGUGCCUUCGCAGCCAAUUGCGGUGCUAGUAAACUUAAGAUAUUGUGUAACAUGUGUCAUAGUACUUUACUGAACUAUGAACAUAACAGCCCCAUUAUUAUAUUGGAAAUGAAUUAACUUUAGUUAUUAUG